AUGAAACCUGCAAAGUUGAAGAGACAUCUAGAAACAAAACACAAGGAAUACGUGGGAAAAUCUGUUGGAUUUUUUGAAAGAAAAUGUGACGAACUGAAGAAGCACACAAUGAAGGAGGCCUCACAGUUUUUUGCACCUGGGGAAAAUGCAAAGGCUACAGAGGCUUCAUACAAGGUCUCCCUCCUGAUCGCCAAAGCAGGAAAACCUCAUUCAAUAGGUGAGAAUUUAGUUAAACCAGCUGCAAAUGUGAUGGUCAACAUAUUCUUUGGGGGAAAAGCCUGUGACAAAAUUAACAGGAUUCCUCUCUCCAAUGACACUGUUCAGCGGCGGAUAAAAUCUAUGGCUGAAAGUGUGGAAGACCAACUGGUGACACGUUUACAACAAAGUCAGUUUUUUUCACUACAGCUGGAUGAGUCCACUGAUGUGGGAAAUGAAGCCAACCUGCUGUGUUUUGUGAGAUACAUUUAUGCAGGCGGAGUACAUGAUGAAUUUCUCUUUUGUCGUUUGUUGCCGACCAACACCAGGGGAGAAGAUAUUUUUCGUUCUCUCAAUGAUUUUAUUGUGAAAAAUAACCUGGACUGGUCAAGAUGUGUCGGGAUUUGCACCGAUGGUGCAACUGCAAUGACGGGAAAACAGAAAGGGCUAGUAGCGCGUGUCCAGGCUGUAGCACCAGCUGCAGCAGCAACACACUGUUGCAUCCACCGUGAACAACUUGCCGCAAAGAAAAUGCCACAGAGCUUAAAAUCAGUUCUGGAUGAGUCUGUGAAAAUAGUCAACAUGAUCAAAGGUAAAUCUCUGAACACACGUCUUUUUAAAACUCUGUGUGAAGAAAUGGGGAGCGAACACACAAAACUCCUUUUUCACACAGAGGUUCGCUGGUUGUCGCGUGGAAAGGUUCUCACCCGGCUGUUUGAGCUGCGAGACGAGGUGAUGUUAUUCUUGCACCCCAGUAAUGAACUGCAUGACAGAAUGCAUGAUUUCCAGUGGCUUGCAAAGUUGGCAUACUUGGCUGAUAUUUUCAGCGCUCUCAAUAGUUUAAAUGUGGCGCUGCAGGGGCAAACUGUGACCAUCUUCGAUGUCCGAGACAAAAUAAAAGCCACAUGCCUGAAGAUGGAAUUGUGGUGUGACCGUCUGGAUCGCGGAGAAUUUGACAACUUUCCGACACUCGCUGAUUUUCUCCUCACUGCGGGAGAGAAUGUGGAUGAGAGCACUGUUGCAUCCUUCAAGAAACAUCUGCAAGGCCUCCACUCUCAGCUGGGAAUAUAUUUCCCAGAAUUAGAAGCAAGCUGCGAGUGGGUCAGAUAUCCAUUUGGGGACAAAACGCACAUCCAGGAAAUCAGUUCCAAGCUCUCACCGAGAGAGGCUGACAGCCUUGUGGACAUUGCAUUAGAUGGGACAUUAAAGACAACUUUCACGGAGAAAAGUUUAACUGACUUUUGGCUCUACAUCCAACCUGAGCAUCCUGAACUCUCUGACACUGCGCUAAAACUGCUGAUGCCGUUUCCAUCCACCUACAUCUGUGAAGCCGGAUUUUCUGCACUUGUUGGCCUGAAAACAAAGCAGCGCAAUCGAAUUAGUGUGAACUACGAUAUGAGACUGAAACUCUCAGAUUUGGAGCCAGAUAUUGCUUCACUUAUGGCACAGAAAAUGCAGCACCAUUCCUCACAUUAA